AACCAACGAAUAAGUCUUUAUCUAAAAAUAAACUUCCAGAAAAUAAAUUAGAUAAUAUUUCUAAAUCUCCAUUAUUUUUUACAAGUGCAAAUACUAUAACUAUUCAAGAUCAUUUAAAUCGAUUAGGUAGCAAUAUUUCACAAGCAAUUAUUAAAAAAAAUAAAUAUAUCGUAGAAGAGUAUGAUCUUAGUAGUUUGUUAUUUAAAUAUAUUGGAUACAUUUAUAUCAUAACUGAGGAUAAAGAAUUUGCUACUG